AAGACAGCAGCUCCUAUCGGGGCAGUAAAGUCCUAAGACUUUCGGCAAUGGCUUUAAUCUUUAGGAUAGCGAUGCAAUUUGUUGGACUUUUAUUAUCUUUUCUGGGAUGGGUUUUAUCCAUUAUUACAACUUACUUGCCACACUGGAAGAACCUCAACCUGGACUUAAAUGAAAUGGAAAACUGGACCAUGGGACUCUGGCAAACCUGUGUCGUCCAAGAGGAAGCGGGGAUGCAGUGCAAGGCCUUUGACUCCUUCCUGGCUUUGCCUGCUGAACUCAGGAUCUCCAGGAUCUUAAUGUUUCUGUCAAACGGGCUGGGAUUUCUGGGCCUGCUGGUGUCCGGGUUUGGCCUGGACUGUUUGAGAAUUGAAGAGAGUCAGAGAGAUCUCAAGAGGCGACUGCUAAUCCUGGGAGGAAUUCUGUCCUGGAGCUCGGGAAUCUCAGCCCUGGUUCCUGUCUCUUGGGUUGCCCACACGACGGUACAGGAGUUCUGGGAUGAGACCAUCCCAGACAUCGUCCCCAGGUGGGAGUUUGGGGAGGCCCUCUUUCUGGGCUGGUUUGCUGGACUUUCUCUUGUACUAGGAGGGUGUCUGCUCAACUGUGCAGCCUGCUCCAGCCACGCUCCCCUAGCUUCGGGCCACUAUGCAGUGGUGCAAAUGCAAACUCAGUGUCCUUACCUGGAAGAUGGAACUGCAGAUCCUCAAGUGUAAGACUUCGACAAGGCAGGAGAUGUAUCCUAUAUCAACUGUGAUGACAAAGACAUCUUUGUUUUAUAGCUAAAUCUGUGAUGCUCACGUUUUCUCAUUCAGUAACCAUUUUUUCUACAAUAGGUAGGCCCACUGCCCCCUAAAAUCUGGAGAAUAAUGAAGGAAAAUCUUAUGUCUGAAAGAAAAUGAUUAUGGUAAGCAUUACAUAGGUAGAAGUGAGAUGAGCUUAAUUGAUCUGGUUAUUGAAAUCAAAAUGUGGUGGCUGUCCAAUAUAGUCAGUUUCAAGCUUUAAUGUGUAAAUUUCAUAUUAGAAAGCCUUUUCCGUUUUUUGUUGUUAUUGUUAGAUAGAAAUGAUCAUUAGUUUGUUUCCUAAAGAAAAAAAAAGCGAACAGUCUGAAAACUCUGAAGUGUUCUACAUGAGCAAGACCACAUGCUAAGCAACCCCAAAGUGUUAUUUCCACAACAGUGACCUUUUUCUUCUUCAAACAGGAGCGGUUUGUGUUUAGGAUAUUACCAGGCACUCAGUGCGACAAGAUUUUAUGAGGCUGAAAGGUUUUCAGAACCUUCUGAUACUCUCAGAUUCAAAAUACUGACUAAUCUCUUCCCUCAUCCUUUCCCUCAAAACUUUCAUAUUAAAAAAAGAAAAACAAUUCCAAAGAUAUUUUUUCUUGAUAUCCAGAAAUUCUCAGGUCAUCUGAAUGAAAACUUACUAACAUGGGGAUAUGUACUUCAGUGGGGAAUAAACAGAAAUGCUGACUCUAACCUACAAUCCUACUGCUU